AUGUUAAUAGCACUGAAGGCCAAUCUUGAGCCAACAGUCCUCGUGAACCUUGGCAUGGGUUUAUUGGUCUUAAUAUUAGCUUUCGCCGGAGCAUGCUGCCGUCAAGUAUACACAAAGCAUGUAGCUAAGGAACCAUUACUUCUCACUGUUGAGCCCAAGAGCGUCAAGUUUAUAAAAACGGAAGUAGAGACAGAAAUGCGCUUCAAUGAAUCUCAGAAUCGCAAAAGUCUCCGGGAUAUCUGGCAAUACAGAGGACAAAGAACCAUCAUAUUCUUGGGUUGA